AUGGAUGAAUGGACCGCAGUGGCAACCGGUCUUGGCAGCUGCCCGGCGGAAAUAUUGUACUUGAUAUUCAAGUUACUAUCACGACCUGAGCUCCAUGCACUAUGUCUUGUCAAUAAGGAUUUCCGCACAAUCGUUGAGCCACUCCUCUACUCGAAAAUUCAAAUGACUUGGCGAAAAGCUCGCCCUCACGUUCCUCCCCCAAUCACUCAACUCUUACGGACGAUCUUAUCCAGGCCUCAGCUGGCUGCUUACAUCACAAACGUCCACUUGGAGGGCGACACCUACCUAUUAGUAGAGAAAUUUCGAUGGAAAAUUCCUAAAAUUCCGGUCUCUGACGCUGAACUGGACCAAAUAAUCACAUUCAUCAGGGGAAGUGGAGUGCCCUAUAGCGACCUUUGGAUACAGGAAUUACGCCAAGGUACAAUAGAUGCUUUUGUUGCUCUCCUAUUAGCACAGCUCUCAAAUUUAAAAUAUUUGUACCUUGCCGAUGACUUCACUCGACAGACUGCACUAAUCGGUAUGGUACUCCGAUCAGCCAUCUGCGAGCCCGGAAUUUCUAGUCUGCCCGACUUUCGGCAUCUACAAGAUAUUUCUUUCUUAUACCCUAAUGGUGAGGACAAAGCGCGCGAUAAGAAGGUCAAAAAUACAACAGAUAUCUUGCCAUUCCUAUAUCUGCCGAGUGUUCAACGCAUGUCAGCCUCCAUUGAGAACCCGAUUGAAUUUACGUGGCCUGCAGCACACUUACCUGUACCAUCGAAACUUAUUUCACUUGAUUUGACCACUAACGUUGAGGCCCUUCGUUGGCAAUGGUAUUACGAUUACGGUGUCAGAGAUCGGUUCACUACGCCUAUCGUCGAUCUUGAUCGGUUUGCUGCCGCGAUAAGUCAUGUUCGAGGCACUCUGGCAGAUUUGACAGUCUCAGCCGAUGUCGAUAUCGGAGGCAAUGAUCAAUUCCUUCCUGGUAUAAAGAUGGAGGGCUCGUUGCAUGCGAUGGUCAAUUUUGACAUGCUCAGAAGACUUCAAGUCCCAUGGCCAUUCCUGGUAGGGUUCGUGCCAGGGACAACAGAACGAUGGCAGGAUCUGAUGCCAAGAAAUAUUGAAUUUCUGGUGAUCACGGACGACUUGAGGUACCAAAAUGCUGACCUAAUGGCACCAGAAUGGCCUCAAUGGGAGUGGGAGCAUUCCACCAUUCUAGGCGUGCUUCAAACAUGGCUGAAAGAUUGGAAAGCAUACACGCCGCAUCUUUGUCGUAUUUCUCUAGUAAUAAGUCUGUUAGAUGAUGAGCCCGACGACUGGUGCCCUAGGCUGAGGCACCAGCUCAGGGAGCUAGGUGCUCAAGCUGAAGUUCAACUUGAGUUGAUCGACUUGACAGGUGAAGAUACUGGUAACUUCUAA